AUGGCCUUGGAACUCGGGCUGAACAAACAACGCUUUGCAUUGGAAAACGAAAAUGGGGGGGUGGUCCUUGAGGAGUCUUGGAGAGGUACUUGGUGGCAGAUAUACGUCACGGAUGCCCAUAUCACGGGAAGCACACACACAUUUCCCUUCCGAACCAGCAAUGUUGAGAUGGAUGUGGAUCUACCGUGUAAGGAGGACGAGUAUGAGGCUGGCAAAAUCCCUCGUCCAAGGUCCUUGCAAGGAUACGAGAUGAGGGAGUUUUCAGGAGAUGACAGUCCAGGGCUAUCUUCCUUUGCGGAACUAGCUAGGCUGACUCGAAGCCUAGAUCUGGCGCUGGCGUCCCGACAACUCCAAGGUGUCGUCAAUGCGCAAGCGACCUGCGCCAACCUGGAUGCCACCCCUCACGGCAUGGCGAUCUUUGUUGCCAUCCUCGAAGAAGGAUAUUGUCCAUACGUCAUUGACGUCCAUCGUCAGCUUUCAAUGCUGGAAUAUACCCCGAUUGAAUCGAUCGCUCAUUGUGUACCACCUCCCCAAAUCGCCAUCCGGGGUUACAAUACGCAGGACCGUCAUCUGCAUACAGCGAAGGUGCUGCGCGCAAUCAAACAAUCCGACAAGCUUCUAACCCUUCCAACCAAUAUUGCCGCACAUACACCAUUUAUCAUCUGCAUGAUCUCUAAUAUCACCGUUGCCCAUCUUUCAGCGUGUCGUUUCGUCGUUCAAGGACAGCAAUUGAGGCCGGCCCGCUAA